AUGUCGACAGGCAGCAGAUGCAGCCUUGGCCUGUUGCUGCUCAUCUGCGUUGGAGCAGCGGCGACACGGCCAGCUCCGGACGAAUCCCUCGCGGCGGCGAACGGUACAUGCGUGUCCAGGGUGGAGCCCUUCGGCUACACAUGUGAGGAACACACGGUGACGACCAAAGACGGGUACAUCCUGAGUCUGCAGCGAAUCCCGAGCGGGAGCGGCGGCGCAUCGGCGGCGAGCGGCGGCGGGAAGGUGCCGGUCCUGCUGCAGCACGGCCUCAUGAUGGAUGGGCUGACAUGGCUGAUGAACUCGCCCAACGAAUCCCUGGGUUUCAUCCUAGCGGACAACGGAUACGACGUCUGGAUCGGCAACACGCGCGGCACCGUCUACAGCCUCGGCCACACGUCGCUUUCUUCAAGCGAUCCGGCCUACUGGGACUGGUCAUGGGACGAGCUGGCCAGUAACGACCUCUCAGCGAUGCUGCAGUACGUGUACGACCAGUCGAACCAGCAGAAGGUGCACUACGUCGGCCACUCGCUGGGUACCUUGAUCGCGUUCGCUGCCCUGAGCGACCAGCAAGAGCAUAUAGGGAUGAUGCGGUCGGCCGGCCUGCUCAGCCCCAUCGCCUUCCUCAACAAGGUCUCGUCGCCCUUGGCGCUCGGGGCAGCCGACGUCUUCCUGGCCGAGGCUCUCUACUGGCUGGGGCUCGAUGAGUUCGACCCAACAGGGACUGCUGUGCACAAUCUGCUCACUGGCAUAUGCAAGCUACCAGGGGUAGAUUGCUACGAUCUGUUGAACGGGUUAACAGGUGACAAUUGCUGCCUUGACAGCUCCUCUGUCCAGACCUUCCUUGCUCAUGAGCCACAAGCUUCUUCAACCAAGAACAUGGUUCAUCUGGCUCAAAUGAUCAGAAGAGGCAUAAUCGCCAAGUACGACUACGGCGACGCCAGCGACAACAUCAAGUACUACGGCCAGGCGACGCCGCCCGUGUACAACGUCUCGGCGAUACCCGACGAUUUCCCUCUCUUCCUUAGCAGCGGUGGCAGGGACAGCCUCUCCGACGUGCGGGACGUCCAACGCCUCGAACAGGCGCUGCAUUCGCACGACAGCGACAAGCUCACCGUACAGUACCUCGCCGACUACGCCCACGCCGACUUCGUCCUGGCUGGGAACGCCAAGGAGAGAGUCUACCAGGCUCUCAUGGCAUUCUUCAGGCUCCAGGAGAAAUGA